AUGUUGAAGAGAAGUCUAUCCUCCGACUCUUGGGAAUUUCCCUGGGAAGCUAAGAGAAAGAAAAGACCCACAAUAGUGCCCCAAAGUCAAAGUGGGAGAGACGUCACUUUUUCAAGCUUUCUGAUGUGCUUUGUGUCUGUAUUGUUACUGACCUGCGGCUUGAUCUUGCUGGGAGUUUCUAUAUGGUCAUUAGUGAGAAAAAUUCCCUACAGUUACUUGAUAGACAUAAAGGUGGACAUUCCAUAUUUUGCAAUUCCAGCAUCUUUUAUAUGUUUCCCGUGUUUUUGGAUAUCAAUGUCUAUCCAUAAUAAUAAGAAAAAGUAUGAAUUUCUUCAUCUGCUAAUCUUACUGUUGGUGAUCUCUAUAGCCCUUCUAAUUACUGGAUGCAGUCUCGGUUUCGUAUAUCACUCCAAAGGUAAUGUAAAUACAACAGCCACUAUUAUGAUGACGUCUUCAAAUACCCUGGAUUUAAAUAACUCCCUGCAAAUAACAAUUCGUGAAAGCAACGUAAAUACCAGAUAUGCAAUUGGAUGGGAAAAAAUGCAGGCACAACUUAACUGUUGCGGUGUCAUGGAUUACAAAGAUUGGUUAGAUAUGAACAGGUCGAUUUCUGAUGCUUGCUGUAGCCAUGUAAGAUGA